CCCACGUCCGCCAUCUACUUCCGGAAUUUAAAACCGGCUUCCGGAAGCCAGGGUGAUAUCCCCAUGACAACCGACGUUGGGCCUCCGAGAUCCUUGUCUUAGAGCAAGGGAAGCAGCUGCAAUUCUGAAGAACUCAGUGCCUGGGGGUGGACCAGUAGUUGUUUUCUGAGGAACUGUGGAAUGUGCCCUUGGGGGCACGAGAGAGCAGAAGGAAGAUGCUCCAGACCAGUAACUACAGCCUGGUGCUCUCCCUGCAGUUCCUGCUGCUGUCCUAUGACCUCUUUGUCAAUUCCUUCUCUGAGCUACUCCGAAUGGCUCCAGUCAUACAGCUGGUGCUCUUCAUCAUCCAGGAUAUCGCAAUCCUCUUCAACAUCAUCAUCAUUUUCCUCAUGUUCUUCAACACCUUCGUCUUCCAGGCUGGCCUGGUCAACCUCCUCUUCCAUAAGUUCAAAGGGACCAUCAUCCUGACAGCUGUGUACUUCGCCCUGAGCAUCUCUCUUCAUGUCUGGGUCAUGAACUUACGCUGGAAAAACUCCAACCGCUUUGUCUGGACAGAUGGACUUCAAACAUUGUUUGUAUUCCAGAGGCUAGCGGCAGUGUUGUACUGUUACUUCUACAAACGGACAGCUGUGAGGCUGGGCGAUCCUCGCUUCUACCAGGACUCUUUAUGGCUGCGCAAGGAGUUCAUGCAAGUUCGAAGGUGACAGUUUUCUGUCACAUCGAUGAACACCUUUCCUUUCUGACAGAAGUCACACUGGGGGCUCUGCAGAGGGGCAGUCGGCCUAUGUGCUAGGAAGUAGCUUGACAUUCCGAGGACAGGCCCCGGCCAGUCAGUGUGCAGCAGGUGAAGAGGAGGAGCCUCCCUCUAGCAAAUUAAAGUGUCCCCAGUACAAACUCCUGAACAUCAUUCCUUCCCAGCCUCCUGCUUCAGUCCUGCCCUCUUUCCUUCCCUCUCUCUGCCCCUCUUCCUCACCAAGGGCUCUGUGGCUUUUUCCCAAGGGAACUUUCCACUGAUGCUAGUACAGGAGGAGCUCCCAGCCCUGGCUCUGUUUGCACUGCACACUAAUGAUUGAAGGAUGCAAGGAGUGACUUUUCUGGGCUCCUGACUGAGCACACCUCAGACAUUUAGAUUUUAUACCCAAGGUACUUUUUUUUACAUUGUAUAAAUAGGAAAUAAAUUCUUUUCCAUAAAUGAUGGAGUCUCUGCCUUGCUCAGUCCCUCUGUGGUUAAGAGGAAUGCCAAGUCCUAGGCUAGCCUAACCUUAGCGUCUACUUGGUCCAGUGGGCAAAUUGAGCCACAGAGCAGAUAUGGGUAUUCCUUGAAUCCCAUUGUGAGUACAAGAUAGUUUUGCAGAAAAUCAAGAUGUGAUCUGAUGCCCCACCCCCACCUCUGGAGUUUCAGACUUCCAUGUUUUUCCCCCUGUCAGAACCCAGAAUUGUCCACAGGAGAGUGAAAUGUUCCCUAGCCUCUUUUGGCAAAAGAAAUUUUAAAUAUUCAUGUGCCCGUAGUAUCAGUUUUCUAUUGCCGGAAUAGUCGCCUGUAACAGACCCACCACCACACUUCAGUGGCAUGGCUCUUGAGUGUUGGGGCUCAGCUCAUCUGGCUGGGUUUGGGUAGUUUUUGCUGGGCUUACACAUGUGUCUGUGGUCAGCUGAGGGUCAGCCAGGCAGCUGUCUUGAUCUUGAGAUCAUUGACUUCUGGCUAACCUAGGCUGACCUGUGCUAGAAUGACUCUGCUUCACAUGACUUAUUGUCCAGCAGGCUUGCCUGGGUCGGUUGACUAGACAGUGGGCAGAGAAGCAGGAAAUCAAGCUGUGGGGAGCAACCCCAGUUCAAGCCUCUACUGUCUCUUCAACUCCCAUUGGUCAAAGCAAAUCAUGUGACUGAGCCCAGUAUCAGAGUGGGAAAGCACUAGGAGGUUUCUUGGCAAAAGACAAGGGUGCGGUCAGUCUGCCCCACCAGAGAGCUGCCCCAUGAAACUCAUUAUUCAGAAGUACUUUAAAAAAAAGAAAAAAAAAAAAGUACUUUGGCCCAGGAGUUGGCAAACUUUUCCUGUUAACGGUCAGAUAGUAAAUAUUUUAGAUCUUGAGGGACAUGUGUCCUCUGUUGCAAUUACUCAAUUUUGACAUCAAAGCACAAAAGCAGCCAGAGAUGAAACUCAGAUGAAUGACCCACGUCACAAAUAUAUUGAUUUUGUUUCAACCACAUAAAAAUGUAAGUCUAAUCUUAACUUGAGGGCCAUACAAAAUGGGCUAGAUGUGCCCUCAGGCCAUGGUAUGCUGACCCCUAGUUUAGAAGCCUACAGUGAAGUCCUAGGGAAAGAGAGGCUGUAGUUAAUCAGCUGUGCUGUCAAGAUUUAUCAGAUAUUUUAAAAGCACGUUACAGAGUUCUAAGAAAAUACCUAAGAUCUCAUCCCCUAUAAUUGGGAGAAGUGAUCUAACAAAACCACCAUCUAUGUGUACUGUACCUUCGUCUGUACAAAAAAUAA